AUGAAUCUGUCGGUCCAAAAAAAAUCUACGAGCAGCCUGUUGCCUUCUACCUACUCGGCCUCCACAGACGGUUGGGCAAAUGGGCUGUCAGCCGACACAAGCUUCGCAAAUUCAAAGACGGUGGAAGACCGAUUCAUUGGCAUUGUGGACUACAAAGAGUUUCUUCACAACCCACAUGACAUGUGUGCGCACGCAGCUGGCAGUGUCGCGGAGGCGCGUUACCGCAAAACGCUUGAGUCACGAAUGGGACUAGGUGGCAGCGGUCUCAUGCUGUUUCAUGCCGGCGAUCUUGCAUCUAAUUUCCCGCGUCUGGACCUAAAUGGGGGCGAAUACCACCCGUGUUCAGCAGGUUGUGCGAACCGAGGGGAUAGCAUUACGACGAUGGAUGGGCAGCUGCAAUUGCCAUCGUUCAAUGCAGACCUCAUGACGGAGGUGGCGCAGGAGCCAAACGAUGGAUUUUGUACGCCGCCAUCGACACCCAUAAAAAACCGCAUUGAAGGAGCUCAAAUAAGUUUCCCAUCGUCUCAGAGAACAGCAUCGACCUUUUCUUCACCGAAGCCCCCAUUUACCGCGCAUGUUCAAUUGAAUAACGGGUGUCAUACUCCACUGGCGGUGUCGAAGAAUUGGGGCAUGGGGAAUCAAGAGACUCGAUCCUCCGGCAUGAACGGGGGCUUUAUCAGCGGCAGCCCGUAUAGUUACUCCCAGCGUUGUGACACGCACCGGACAACGCCUGCCCUCAGUACGAAUGGAUUUUCUUCCCCACUGCGUGGGUCUAGGAGUGGUGAUGUUGUCAGCACUCUUGCGACAAGCCCCCAUCCAGGUCGCAAUGCAACAUUGCAUUCAUGCGCUUCACCACAACUUCGUACACCUGUAAGGCAUGAAAAUGAUUUAUUGUGCACACCGACUCAGGGAGGGCAUGGAGGAAAUAUCACAGUUUCGCAGGGCGCAAGUCCAGUGUCACGAAGAAGUGUGUUAUAUUCACAACAUGCAACACCUCGUCGACAAGGUGAGACAUGCGAUCGAGUUCUUAGUGCGGAAGGGCUAUCUGUGUGUGAUGACCAGGGACGUCCAAAUUUUACUCCACUAAGCUGGGGUCAUAUGGGUGUCGUCGUUGCGUUGCAACGAAGUGUGUAUCUUUGGCAAGAGUCCGGAAAAACGUAUUUUCUUUUUGAAACCCCAACCGCGGCUACUAUUGUGAGUGCCGUUGCUUCUUCAAUGCGACCUACCGAGAUGGGCGACGUAUUUUUGGCGGUUGGUAUGACUGAUGGAUUUAUUACGGUGUUGAAAUAUUACGUGGGCGGCGAUUUCAUUGGAUGUGAUGCAUCCCAAUUCACGCCAACUGGUAUCCUGUUGGAAAAAACAACACAGAGCUCAUUUAUGGGCACCAUUUCUCAUGUUAGCACUCUGUAUCUUGUGGGACAUUUUUUGUUUUCUGGUUGCAUGGAUGGCAUUUUGACUGUUCGCAACCUUCGUGAUGGAUCAGUGAUUUGGCAUUCUUCUGGUGCAUGUGCACAGAUAGAUUUCUCUUCUUACGCAUCACGUCUAGCAGAUUACAGUGUGGAUGUUGGGGCACCCAUAUACAAAAUAGAAGCAACACCCGAUGGGGAACACAUCGCCGUCGGAACAAACGAUAGUCUCUUUGUUUACCAAACGAAUUGUAUGGGUCCAGAAAAUCGGACAAGACGUCGAGUUGUUUUUUCUGGAGCUCCGCGACCUGUUCGUGCCUUCUGUUGGUGGUCUUUUCCAUUCAGCUCUUCAAAUGGUCGUGCGGCGGACGCACAUCAUGGUUCUGGCAGUGGCAGUAGGUUUGACUUUUUGCACACGGUUCUUCUUUACGGUGGUGGCAGCGAUGGGUCUGUUCUCUCGGUGUACUUUGUUGGUAGUCGCUGCCACAAGACGACGUACCGCAUGUCAGCUCCGAUUUUGGGUAUAGUGAGCAGUGAGGCAUCUGAAGAGAUUUUUGUUUCUCUCGAUAUUGCUGGCGGUGAGGUGGAAAACGUAAGCAAUGCUGAGGAACUUGGGGUGCCGCCCGUCGUAGAUGGGAACGUGCAUCGCGUCGCUGAUAAUAUCACUGUUGGCGGCUUUGGUGGCCCCGACGACUGGGCCUCGUCCGGCUCCUCCAGUGAAGAAGAGGGUCUUCCCCAUGCUCCAUCCGUCGGCCAACACCUUCCCAUAGGUGUCUCGGGACGAGGAGGCCAUAACCGCAUGAAUGGCAACGGUGCAGGCGGCAUGACACUUGGGCUUUCUCCAGCACUGGCACGUCGUUUUAUUCAUCGUAUGGAAGCGACGAGGGCACGACCACCGUUGCCACACAUGACUCUCUUCCGUGAGUCCACGCAAGGAGCGGGGCUUCUGCAAUUGUUUCAGCUGAAGGAUGGCGGCGCCAGGUUGGAGCGGUUGAGUGGGUUUGUCGGUCCACACAUUGCCUCGCUGUACAUGGCACUUUCUCCCGACAACUCGCUUCUCGCCACCGCCGGGAGCGAAAUGAAGUUGCGUAUAUGGCGAGCCUUUAAAUUGAAGUCACCGGUACGUGGUGUUCGGUGUGAACUUCGCUGA